AUGGAAGAUAAAAAGCUUCUUAUUGGCAAAAAUGAAGAAGAUGUAGAGAUGGCUGCAGAACGAGCAACUGUAUUAGAUGCAUCACCAGAAUACAAAUCUCAAUCCGAGAAUAAAAACAAUAUUAAACAAUCUACUCGUUCACAAACAGGGUCCCUGAUAACUAUCAUUAGUGUUACAAUAUGGUUUAUUUUCAUUAAAAAGACCGAAGCAACAAUUAAUAAACCAAAGUGGAACAAAUGGAAACAAAAUGGCAUCACUGUAGCUGGUGGAAAAGGAGAAGGACAACAAUUGAAUCAACUCAAUCGCCCUUUUGGAAUCUUUAUUGAUAAAAACAAAAAUAUUUUCAUUGCUGAUUGUGAAAAUCAUCGUAUUAUUGAAUGGAAAUAUAAUGCAAAACAAGGACAAGUCAUUGCUGGUGGAAAUGGCAAAGGAAAUCGAACGGAUCAAUUGAAUAGUCCAACAGAUGUGAUUGUCGAUCAACAAAAUCAUUCAAUCAUUAUUGCUGAUCGGAGGAACAGACGAGUGAUCCAAUGGUUGAAUCAAACUCAACAAAUUCUCAUUGAUAAUAUUAACUGUUAUGGGUUGGCAAUGGAUAAAUAUGGAUAUCUUUAUGUUUCUGAUACUGAGAAGAAUGAAGUGAGAAGAUGGAAAAUGGGAGAAUACAAUGAAGGAACUGUAGUGGCAGGUGGAAAUAGUCAAGGAAAUAAACGCAGUCAACUCGAUCGUCCUGCUUAUACCUUUGUUGAUAAAGAUCAAACUGUUUAUGUAUCAGAUUGGGGCAAUGAUCGUGUGAUGAAAUGGAGAAAAGACGCAAAAGAAGGAAUAGUUGUGGCUGGAGGAAAUUGUCGAGGAGGAAGUCUCAAUCAAUUGUUUUUUCCUGAAGGAGUAAUUGUUGAUGAUUUGGGUCAAAUCUAUGUGGUAGAUUCUUGGAAUAAUCGAAUCAUGCGUUGGUGUGAAGGGAAAAAAAAAGGUGAAGUUGUUGUUGGUGUAAAAGUUUCAGGGAAUCAAUCAAAUCAAUUGAGUUGGCCCACAGGUCUAUCUUGUGAUUAUGAAGGAAAUCUUUAUGUUGUUGAUCCGAGAAAUAAUCGAAUUCAAAAAUUUGAAAUAAUUUUGUGA